AUGUUAGCAUGCUUUUAUUUCCAGACCGGAGCAAGACAUCAUGGCCUGCUAUCAUGGGACGCUGGCGAGCACCAGGUCGAUUUGGAGAAGGAACUGGCCACCCUCACGGCACAGGCACCCGAGGGGGAGGAGGCCAGAUAUGGCGAGCGACUAAUUCAGUACGCUUCAGAAAACCUGGUGACGGAGAUCCUGAUCCACCCACAGAUGAACACGCUGAUGCAGUGUAUGAGGAACCUGCUCAGCUCUUUCACUCGGCACAGACACCUGGUCCACGCCGGUUACACCUUCGCGGGUAACGGCUCUUGGAUCAUGCAGGACGGUACAUUUUCACUGGCUGACUUCACAGACGCCUACCAAGAGAACGAGGUGCAGCGCGUGAUUCGCGCAUACGAGAACUCCAUUUCUAUUGACAUACAUUGCUCAGUCGCAAAUGGCGAAUGGGCCAAGCUCCCGGACAUGCCUUUCGUUAAGCACUGCAAGAUUCGUGUCAACCCCACUGACACUCUCGACUCUGGCUCGCCAGCCAUCAAGAAUUUUAUCGCGUACCUGGAACCUUACAUCGUUCCAGCCAGCUUGGAACAGCUAUUGGUUCCCAGUGACGUGGUCGGUAACAUUCGAUUCAGCCACCCCACUCUCUACGUCUUCCCAGGAGGACAGGGUGACGCCGCCCUCUUUGGAAUUAAUGGAUUUAAUAUGCUAGUUGAUGGCGGUUUCUCCCGCAAGGCGUGUUGGUGGGACUUUGCCCGGCAUCUGGACAGACUGGAUGCUGUCCUGUUCACCCGGUUGAACAACUGCUCCAUGUCUGGCAUGGCUGCCGUGUUGCACAGGAAAGCUACUGCCAAUGUCUACCCACAGAUCGGACAUUUUUUCUGUAAUCUUGAAGAUCGGCGUGGCAUAUCAAGUCCUGAUGGAGAUAAGGAUUCAGAUCCCCUCAUGGUAUCCCUGCUGCAGGCGGGCUCUGACAUGAUGGCUGAUCUCCGACACAUUAACCUCAAACCACAACAUUGCUAUCGAAGCCCAGAACCAAUCAACUUAUACCACAAAGUUGGACAUGGCACAUUGGAUAUGUUUGUUUUAAAUCCGUCCAAAGACUCCAAAUAUGUACGUGAUUUUUUAAAAAGAUGGCAUAACAGUGAACAAAAACUUUUUGAAGGUGCUAGUGCAUCUGGACCUUUUAAUUUUCCAAUUCCCAACUUAGUAUCAAUAUGUGCAUUAUUAGUUUGGCGGCCAGCAAAUCCUGAUGACAAUAUAACUAGAAUUAUGUUUCCUGGUUCUACCCCACAGCAUAAAAUAUUUGAAGGGUUAGAAAAACUUAAACAUCUUGAAUUUCUUCAACGUCCAACAUAUACAGGACGACAGAUGUCCGCUGCGUCUAACAUUGCAACAAGCAAAACUACGGCUACUUUGAGUACUGCUGCGCCCAUAAAGAACACAAAAACUCUAGCUUCCAAGAUAAAUCGAGAGAAGAUUGAAAAAAAAGAUGAAAAGAGUAUUGAGACUGAUAUGCAGGUUUCAAAGUUUGAUAAAAUUAAAGAGGUUUCUAAUAAUGUUAUUGACAAUAAGUUAAUAAGUGAACUUGUUGAUGAAGAGAAUAAACAAUUAGAAUCUGUUUUAAAUGAGGCCAUUAUAAGUCAUGUGGACACAAAAUUAGAUGAAAAAAUACUUCAAAAUGAUAUCGCAAAAGAUAGCAAGCAGAAGAAAGGCAAGAAAAAAGAAAAAUCUACAGAUAUAAAGACUAAACGGAUGGAUAAAACCGACGAAACCAAAGAUACUACUCACUCAAAGUUCGACACAAAGAAAAUCGAUGUAGACAGUAAAUUAAAAGCUGAAGCAAAGAAAAAAUCAGAAAAACCUAAGUCUGAAUUAUAUGCCUCAGUAACAAAAAGUAGAACAAAUCGGAUAACGCAAAAAGUUACAGAUCGAAAAACUACGACUUCUUUAGAUAAGAAAAUUGUGGCUGAUGACAAAAAAUCGCCACCCGCAACACCAAAGAAAUCCAUUGAUGUCAAAAGUCAGUCGCAGUUAGCUAAAGAUAAAGUAAAACUAAAGACCAGAAAAGUUAGCCCCGGAAGCACUCCAGCAAAAAGCGUUAAAGAAGCUAGCAACAGAAGAGUUGUUGAGUCGAAAUAUAAACAAGCUUCGCCGAAACGGGAUUUAAUACAAAAAGCAGGUGAAAAAAGGGAACCUAAAAUGAAAAGAGAGCCAAUAUCUAGAAGACCUAGGCCAGUAACAUCGCCAAUUAAGGGACUCAAAUCUGCUAAGAGUCCAUCAAAGAGUAUAAAAUCUUCAAAAGCUGAUACGUCUAAGCUUAUGGGAUUACAAAGAGUUAAUUACGAAGAUAUUUUAAAAGAGGCUAAAAAGUCUGAUGAGGAAACCUCAAAAUCUUUCGAUGAGAUCAAACAGCAAGAGUUUGAUGAGCGAGAAGAGCAAGAAAUUGUUAGAGAAAUCGAAGCGGUCUUUAAUAGAGACAGUGAAGUGGAAGAACGAGUAGAAUACGUUGGCAGAUCUGAUAUAGAAAAGAUCACUUGUCUACUAGAUGAUACUAAAACAGGAAACAUUGACGGUGAUUUUGAAGAAGAGUAUUUAAUUAUAGAAAAGGAAGAAGUCGAACAAUAUACAGAAGAUUCUAUAGUUGAGAAAGAAGAUGAGCUACGGAAACACAUAAAAGAUAAAGAGGAAUCUGAAAAGAAGCAAAUCAGUGAAAUAAAAGCGGAUCUCAAGCCUGAAACCAUAACUCAAAAUGGUGACCAAGAUAAACGUCUAGAUUCUAAAGAGCAUUCAAUAAGUGUUGAAGAAAAACAAGAUAUUAGUAGUGAAAAAAAGACAUCAGAUAGCAAAAGUGCUAUGAAACCAAAAGACUCGAUUGAGAAUAUAAUACAAGAAUCACAGCCUGAAGAGAAAGUAUCAACCACAAUUGAAUCAGGCGCCACAACGGCACCUACACUACCCGAAGAUGAACGAAUUACGUUAGAUGAUAUAAAAGAAGAUGAGUUGGUUGAAGAAAAAUAUGUAAAGGAACAAACAAAGGAAGUUGCCGCCCCCAAAACUUUAAUUGACAUACAAAAUCUUACUAGCUUCGAAAAAAGUUCUAAACAAACUCCACAGCAGACACUUAUAAGAGAAAUAGUAAAAACACCUGACGAAGUAGCUGAUUUACCAUUACACGAAGAAGUUGAUUAUAGGACUUACGAGGAAAAAAAGACUCCUGGCGAAGAUGUUAGUAAACGUAAAAUUUAUAUACUUCAAAAAGACAUUAAAGUUCCUAAAGACCUGGCUAUAAUAAUUAAACCCACCUCACCUAAAGAAACAAAUACUAUUCAAGAUGUGAUUGUUAGUACAACUCAACGUCUGUCACACCCGGAAUUGGUGACCGUAACUCCGGGUUCUGCUCCUGACUCACCUAUGUAUCAGGAACCCUCUAAGCUUGAAAAAUCUGUUAAAUCUUUGGACCCUGUAAAAGAAUACGAUGAUGAACGAUACAACUUUUCACAAUUUACUGAAAAACUCAGAGAAACGCAUAUAACAACUGUUGAUUCGCCAAUUAAAGAUGAUAUUGUGGUUAUUGAAGAACUACAUAUGCCUGAAAAGAUACCUUCAAUACCAGAAGAUGUAGAAAAAGAAAUUGAAGAAGCUCAAAUUUUAGAACAAACUGACAAACCUCCAAUCAGUCCUAAAGAAGUAGAAAAAAUUGUUGCUGAUGUUGCUGAAGUUUUAAAAUCGGAUAAAUCCUUGGACGAAUUAAUUGCAGAAAAAUCACCAAUCUUGUUAAAAUCCCCAGAAAAAUUAUUGCCUUGCGAAAAUAUCGCUGAAAUUACAACAGAUUUCUUGUUUGAUCAAAGAAAAAUAACUUCAAUCAAAUCAAUUAAAGAUGAGUUACUACCAAAAAGUGAUGAAGUUGACACUGUUAUUAAAUCAGAUACUACGAUUGAGAAAACUCAGAAAGAAGUAUCGCCUAUUAAAUCGCUUACAUCUGAAGAUAUCAGCGACCCUUCAGAAAAAACAGUACUAAGCGAAACAAAAAAAAUAAAGACAGAAAUUCAAGACAAUAAUACUUUAACAUGUGUACUACCAGAGGUAGAACAAGAAACUGAUGGCCAAUUGACAGAAAAACGAGUAAGCAUCACAUUGGAUUCUGCUAAAACAUUAGAAAAGUUAGAAGAAAAGAUGGCGGACCUUAAACAAAAGGAACAAAUCAAAAGUACCGAGUUAAUUGCUCCUUCAUUGGACACUAAAGACAUUAAACAAACAGAUAAAACAAAAGAAGAAAUUCUUGUUAAAGAAAAAGAACAAAUUGAUGAGUCAAUUGUGAAGGAACCGACGAAGGAAAAGAAAAAAGAGAGUAAAUCUGUAAUAGGAAGUUUCAUCGAUAAGUUUGACGAGAAGCUAAGCAAAGCUAAAGGUUUGUUUAGUAGAAAGAGUGAUAAAAUUGCUGAAACUUCAAAAGAAAAAAUAAAAACAGAAGAUACACAUAAAACUGUUCUUGAAACUACUUACAAAGAUCUAACAGAUUUUGAAAAAGAUAUGAUAGAAUUGUUGUCUUUUAAUGAAGAUAUACAAGAUUAUUUGACAAACUACAUUAUCUUUGAUGAACCAGAGGAAACAAUUUUAGAGAAAAAAGAGGAGGUUAAUGAGAAUAAUACCAUUAUCAAAAGACUUACAGUGACUCGGGUAAUCAAAACUAAAUUUAUGCAUAAAAAUGGAAUAAUUCAAAAGUUAAAGAUUGUCACUAUAAUAACAACGACAAAUGAAUAUCCCAAUGGUAGUAUAAUAAUUGUUAAUGAUGGAAGUGCUAUGUUGACUGAUAUCAACGAUAAAACUGAAUUUCAAAUCAACGAACUAGCUGACUUCACCAUCCUCGAAAAUCAAGCAAUUGAUAAAAAACAAAAAGAAGAUAUUGUCUUAUUAAGGGAUAAACAAAUAAAACAAAAACUGUCUAUUGUAACAGUAAAAGACAUACUCACAACUCGAAACAAACUAAAACAUAAGGAAAAACUGACAGUAAAUACGACUAAAGAGAUGUUCAUUAGAGACGUUCCUACAAUUGUCAAUGUCAUAACAAUUUUUAUUUCCGAUUACAAUUUAAAGACCAAAAUCGUCGACAACAAAAAACUCGCUAAAGUCGUUAUAACAGCAAAACAAACUUUAGAUACAAAUGGCUCUACAAUUAUAAUGAAAGAUAAAGAUUUGCAAGUAAAAGACGUAAUAGAAAAGGAUAUAAGUCCAUCUAAAGAAGCUUCAGUAAUCAUUAUUCAAGAGAAAGAACAAGGCUUAGUAAAAGACUCAAGUCCUGUUAAAAAUGAUACUUUGACAAAGGAUAAAGUCAUUGGCAAGGAUGAAAGCCCAUCUGAAGAAAUUCCAGGAAAGGUUGCUAGCCCUAUCCAGGACCAAGGACAAAGUCCUGCUUUAGAAAAAGAACCAAGUCCUGUUAAAGACGGUCCUCUUGCCAAGGAAGAUGUCAUCGAUAAGGAUGAAGAUGUCAUCGAUAAGGAUGUAAGCCCAUCUAAAGAAAUUCAACAAAAGGCCGCUAGCCCAAUUCAAGACAAGGAACCAAGUCCUGCAUUAGUAAAGGAAGCAAUCCUUGUUAAAGAUGUUUCUUUGACAAAAGAAAAUGUCAUCGAAAAGGAUGUCAGCCCAUCUAAAGCAAUUCCAGAAAAGGCUUCUAGCCCUAUUCAAGACAAAGUACCAAGUCCUGCAUCAGAUAAAGAACAAAGCCCAGUAAGAGACGUUUCUUUGACCAAGAAAGAUGUCAUCAAAAAGGAUCUAGGCCCACCUAGAGAAAUUCCAGAAAAGUCGGUUAGCCCUAUCCAGGACAAGGUACCAAGUCCUACUUUAGAAAAGGAACCAAGCCCUGUAAAAGAUGUUUCUUUAACCAAGGAAGAUGUCAUCGAUAAGGAUGUAAGCCCAUCUAAAGGAAUUCCAGAAAAGGCUUCUAGCCCUAUCCAAGACAAAGUACCAAGUCCUGCAUUAGAAAAGGAACCAAGCCCUGUUAAAGAUCUUUCUUUGACCAAGGAAGAUAUUGUCAUCAAAAAGGAUGUAAUCCCAUCUAAAGGAAUUCCAGAAAACGCUUCUAGCCCUAUCCAAGACAAAGUACCAAGUCCUGCUUUAGAAGAGGAACCAAGCCCUGUUAAAGAUCUUUCUUUCACUAAGGAAGAUGUCAUAGAUAAGGAUUUAAGCCCAUCUAAAGAAAUUGCAGAAAAGGUCACUAGCCCUAUCAUAGACACAGUACGAAGUCCUGUAUCAGAAAAGGAACCAAGUUGUGAUAAGGAUAUUUCUGUUACCAAGGAAGAUGUCAUCGAAAAGGAUGUCAGCCCGCCCAAAGUAAUUCCAGAAAAAUCGUCUUCCACUAUCAAAGAGAAAGAGAAGAGUCCUGUAUCAGAAAAGGAACCAAGUCCUGCUAAAGAUAUUUCUUUGACCAAGGAAUAUGUCACCGAAAAGGAUGAAAGCCCAACUAAAGAAAUUCCAGAAAAAUCGGCUACCACUGUCAAAGACAAAGAGAAGAAUCCUGUGUCAGAAAAGGAACCAAGUUCUGAUAAAGAUAUUUCUUUGACCAAGAAAUAUGUCAUAGAAAUUGAUGUCAGUCCAUCUAAAGCCAUUCCAGAAAAGGCUUCUAGCCCUAUCGAGGACAAAGUACCACGUCCUGCAUCAGAAAAAGAACAAAGCCCAGUAAAAGAAAUUUCUUUGACCAAAGAAGAUGUCAUCAAAAAGGAUGUAAGCCCAUCUAAAGAAAUUCUGGAAAAGACGGCUAGCCCUAUCGAGGACAAAGUACCAAGUCCUGCAUCAGAAAAAGAACAAAGCCCAGUAAAAGAUAUUUCUUUGACCAAGAAAGAUUUCAUCGAAAAGGAUGUCAUUCCAUCUACAGCCAUUCCAGAAAAGGCUUCUAGCCCUAUCCAAGACAAAGUACCAAGUCCUGCGUUAGAAAAGGUAGCAAGCCCUGUAAAAGAUGUUUCUUUGACCAAGGAAGAUAUCACCGAAAAGGAUGAAAGUCCGCUAAAGGAAAUUCCAGAACACGCCGCUAGCCCUAUUCAAGACAAAGAAGCAAGUCCUGCAAUAGACAAGGAAGCAAGUCCUGUAAAAGAUAUUUCUUUAGCCAAGGAAGAAGUCAUCAAAAAGGAUGUAAGCCCAUCUAAAGAAAUUGCAGAAAAGGCCGCUAGCCCUACUCAAGACAAAGAAGCAAGUCCUGCAUUAGAAAAGGAAGCAAGCCCUGUAAAAGAUAUUUCUUUGGCCAAGGAAGAUAUCAUCAAAAAGGAUGUCAGUCCAUCUAAAGUCAUUCCAGAAAAGGCCCCGAGCCCUACACAGGACAAGGUACCAAGUCCUGCUUUAGAGAAGGAACCAAGCCCUGUAAAAGAUAUUUCUUUGGCCAAGGAAGAUAUCAUCAAAAAUGAUGUCAGUCCAUCUAAAGAAAUUUCAGAAAAGGCCGCUAGCCCUAUUCAAGACAAAGAAGCAAGUACUGCAUUAGAAAAGGAAGCAAGCCCUGUAAAAGAUAUUUCUUUGGCCAAGGAAGAUAUUGUCAUCAAAAAGGAUGUAAGCCCAUCUAAAGGAAUUCCAGAAAAGGCUUCUAGCCCUAUCCAAGACAAAGUACCAAGUCCUGCAUUAGAAAAGGAACCAAGCCCGGUUAAAGAUCUUUCUUUAACUAAGGAAGAUGUCAUAGAUAAGGAUGUAAGCCCAUCUAAAGAAAUUGCAGAAAAGGUCACUAGCCCUAUCAUAGACAUAGUACGAAGUCCUGUAUCAGAAAAAGAACCAAGUUGUGAUAAAGAUAUUUCUGUUACCAAGGAAGAUGUCAUCGAAAAGGAUGUCAGCCCGCCCAAAGUAAUUCCAGAAAAAUCGUCUUCCACUAUCAAAGAGAAAGAGAAGAGUCCUGUAUCAGAAAAGGAACCAAGUCCUGCUAAAGAUAUUUCUUUGACCAAGGAAUAUGUCACCGAAAAGGAUGAUAGCCCAACUAAAGAAAUUCCAGAAAAAUCGGCUACCACUCUCAAAGACAAAGAGAAGAGUCCUGUGUCAGAAAAGGAACCAAGUUCUGAUAAAGAUAUUUCUUUGACCAAGAAAUAUGUCAUAGAAAUUGAUGUCAGUCCAUCGAAAGCCAUUCCAGAAAAGGCUUCUAGCCCUAUCCACGACAAAGUAGCAAGUACUGUAACCGAAAAAGAACCAAGCCCUGUUAAAGAUAUUUCUUUGACCAAGAAAGAUGUCAUCGAAAAGGAUGAAAGUCCGCUAAAGGAAAUUCUAGAAAAGGCUUCUAGCAUAAUCCAAGACAAAGCACCAAGUCCUGCUUUAGAGAAGGAACCAAGUACUGUAAAAGAUGUUUCUUUGAUCAAGGAAGAUGUCAUCAUAAAGGAUGUUAGCACAACUAAAGAAAUUUCAGAAAAGUCAGCUAGCCCUAUCCAGGACAUAGAAGCCAGUGCUGCUUUAGAGAAGGAACCAAGUCCUGUAAAAGAUGUUUCUUUGACCAAGGAAGAUGUCAUCAAAAAGGAUGUUAGUCCGCCAAGAGAAAUUCCAGAAAAGGCUUCUAGCCCUAUCCAGGACAAAGUAGCAAGUACUGUAACCGAAAAAGAACCAAGCCCUGUUAAAGAUAUUUCUUUGACCAAGAAAGAUGUCAUCGAAAAGGAUGAAAAUCCGCUAAAGGAAAUUAUAGAAAAGGCUUCUAGCCUUAUCCAAGAUAAAGCACCAAGUCCUGCCUUAGAGAAGGAACCAAGCUCUAUAAAAGAUGUUUCUUUGACCAAGGAAGAUGUCAUCAAAAAGGAUGUUAGUCCGCUUAAAGAAAUUCCAGAAAAAUCGUCUACCACUGUCUUAGAGAAAGAGAAGAGUCCUGUAUCAGAAAAGGAAUCAAGUCUUGAUAAAGAUAUUUCUUUGACCAAAGAAGAUCCAGAGACUAAGGAAGAUGUCAUCAAAAAGGAUGUUGGCUCGCCUAAUGAAAUUCCAGAAAAGUCGGCUAGCCCUAUCCAGGACAAAGUAUCAAGUAGUAGUUCUAAAAAUACUCAUAUUAAAGAAACCUAUUCAAUAAAAGAGGAGUUAGAGAAAUAUAGAUAUGAUUCUAAUGAAUUAUUUGCAACGUCUUCCUUCAAUGUAGUAGAUAGAAUGUUAAGUAUGAAAGAUAAUUAUCACAAUGGCCAAAGUAAUGGUGAUUUAUUAGAUAAUAAUAUAAGAACCAUUAAUUCAUCCUCAAGUCUUUUUACUGAACAAUCAAAAUCAUUCAGCAGUUCUGAAGAUGUAUCUAAAGAAAUAAGCUUGGAAGAAAAAUAUAGUUUUGAAAGUACAGAGAAAGAAAAGACAGUUGGAAGUAUGGAUAAAGGGACGGCUGAAGAUAAAUUAUAUUCUGAAGGUAUAAAGGAACGAGACUUUUCGAAAGAUUUUAUAACUAAAUUACCUGCUUUAGAUAAAUCAGCGCAACUAAUUGAAUCCAUUCAAAAAGCAUUUGGCGACGAAAGUAUACAGCAAGGUAUUAAAACAGAAAGCACUGAAUCACUGGCUGUUCAUUCUUUCGACAGAGUUUCAACACCACCUACUGUUCCUGUUAGUCCGUUGCCUAAAACUUUAGGAGCUUUUCACGACGUCAAAGUUAGUGAAGGUGUCCAAAGCGAAAUUUCUUAUGAUAGAUCAGAUGGAAGUGACGAAACUAUUACAAAAACAGUUCACGUGGGUGAAGAUGUACUUACCCAAAGAAUAUCUACUUCAACUGAAAAGGUUCCGAAAAGUGCUAAAAGUUCUGAUACAACCGAAAGCUUAGAUUUACAGGCUUUAACUGAAACUGUAGGAAAAAUUAAAACGGAGACCGACACUGUAACUAAGGUUAUUAAAGAAGGUGAAAAUGUGGUAACCCAAACGAUCACUACAGUAACAACAAAGGAAGUUAUUUCAAAAGAAGAUGGAACUCCACAAAAUGUUAAAACGACAAUUGAAACUACAACAUUAUGUAAAAGUUCUGAUGGGUCAACAACAACAACCAAAGAUACCCAAACAGUGUUAUCUGAAUGUUCUUCAACUCUAAAAUCUACAUCACAUAUGGAUGUUGAUGCCAUAAAUGACAAUAAAGUGGUAGCUAACGGCCAUAUCAAAAAAAGUCAUGUUUUCGAUGAUGAUAAUUUAGUAAAUUUACCUGUUAAAUUAAGUGCACCUGCUAAAAUUUCAAAUGAUGAUAGUGACGAAAUAACAAUUAAUACUGAUGUCAGUAAACGAGUUAUACAGGAUAAUGGGAUUGAUAUAAUAGAAACUGUUACGAGGGUAACAAAAAAAGAAACAAUCGAAGCUGAAGAUAAUAAAAAAGUUUCGAAAACAACAGUUGAAACUAAUGUUACAAAAGAAAAACCGGAUGGGUCUAAAGAUGAACAGAAAAUGGUCGAAGUUAAAACAGAAGAAAUUAUGACAGAUGUAACAAGUAAUAUUGAUAAUAUUUUGAGUAAUUUAAAAGUUUUUGAAACUCCGGAAGAAAGCAUUACCACGUCCGCUGAAGAAAUUCAGGAUGAAAAUGUUUUAAUUAAACGCAUUACGUCCAUAAAAACUAUCAAAACAAAAUAUGCGGAUCUAUAUAACAAUCUUAAAAAGUUAAAAACAAUUACAAUAGUGACCACCACUGAUCAAUAUCCUGAUGGUUCAUCAAACACGAAGGUUAAUACAAGCAUAUCUUUAACAGAUUUAUGUAUACCUGAAGUUGAUAAUAGUCACGAUCUUAAAGAUUUUACAUGUUUAGAAGAUAGACAAGUAAAUGUGGAAAAACAGGAGAAAACUUGUGUGGUUAGCGGUGAAAAUAUAAAACAGCUUGUAACUACCACAACAACCGAUGAGGUAUUAUCUAAACUUGACAAAAGCCAGAGGAAAUUAAAGAGAACUAUUGAAACUGUGACAGAAUCUACUUUACCCAAUGGAUUCAUAGAAGUUACUAAAGACAUUAGCAUUUCAAUAUCGGAUUAUCUAACAGAGGCUGAUAAACAACACUUCGAGGGUUUUACGUUGCUAUGCCAACCUAAAGAAGAAACUACUACAACUCGUGAAAAUAUUGAAAUGAAUGGAGUAUUAAUAAAACGUCAAGUAACUACAACUAAAACUUAUGAGGAAUUUGUGGAUGAAGUUGAAAGUCUCAAAAAAACAAAAACUACUAUAAAAGAGAUUACUGAAGACGAGUAUCCAGAUGGCUCAAUUAUUUCUAAAACUAGUGAAAAAGUAUCAGUUUUUGACGAACCGUAUGAAGUAAAAUUUGUCAGUGAUAUAAAUACAAAGUUGCAAUCAAAAGAAGAUUUAUUAAAAAAAUCAUAUGUAAAAUCAUCGCAAAACUCCGAUUUACUUUUAACCAAACAAUCAGUUGAGGACUUAGAGCAACUGGAAAACAUGGGUAAAGAUAUUCAUACCGACACAAAAGAAGGGUUUGUUUUGCGUGAUGGAAAAUCACUACGACAAAUCAUUAAAACUACUACGACAAAAGAACUCAUGUCAUCUGAAGAUGACACUAGAAAGAAAAUAAAAACAACAGUGGAAACAAUCACUGAAACUGAGUUACCCAAUGGAAGUACUGAAGUUGUAAAAGAUGUUAAAGUUUCAAUAGCUGAAUAUGGAAAUAGCAUUUCUGAAGAAGAUUUACAUGGUUAUUUUAUAAUUGGAGAGCCAGAUAUAAAGACAGAAUCAGUGUCAGAGCGCGUUGUUGACAACGGAACCGAAAUUACAAGAAGAAUUACUAUAACUACUACCAAACAAACGUUUGAAAAUACCACAAGUUUGAAUAGACGACUUAAAACAGUAGUUGUAACUAUUACAGAAGAUGCUUAUCCUGAUGGCACUGUUUUAACAAAAAAAAGUGAAAGAAUAUCUAUAACCGAUAUUUCAUCUGAAAAUCUGACAACAGAUGAAGCAGAUCGUGUAGAUCCUAAAGGUGAUUUAGAAACUGUCGAGGCUACGACUGAAGAAUCAGAUGUAAAAAAAGAAAUAGUUCUUAAAGACUCUGCAAAAAUUAACCGUACCAUAACUACUAAAACUAAGCGAGAAACGUUGGGUUCCAAAGAUAAAAAUAUACGGCGAUUAAGAACAACUGUUGAAACAAUUACAGAAGAUGAGUACCCAGAUGGAUCCGUUGAAACAACAAAAGAUGUUAAAAUAACAAUUUCAGAAUUUCAGAAGGCUAAUGAUAAUGAUUUACAGGCUGCAUUAGAUGGUUUUAUAGUCACGGGAAAAGUAAGAAAUUUCGUUGACAAAAAAACGAAUAUUAUAACUGACAAUUUAUCAAAAAUUACUCAGAACAUCACAACUCACAUUACUAAAGAAGAACUUAAUAACAAAACUACAAAUGAGGUGGCCGUUAGAACAGUUACACAAACUGUAACAGAGAAUAUAAAGGAAGAUGGAUCAAUCGAGACUACCAAAGAUGUUCGUACGCAAAUUGCUUAUUUACCAGCAGGGAUGCUUUUCGAAGAUCUUACGCCAGAAGAAGGUGAGGUCAACAUUACCAUCCAAGACAAAGAAAGCCCAAAGGUUGUUAAACCAAUUAUUAAUGAAUUAAAUAUUAUGCCAGUUGAACAAAAACACCAAGAAAUAGAACCUAAAAAGAAACGAUCGCCUGUGGGUGAAAUAACUACCGAAACUGAAACAUUUAAUAAAAUAAUAAAAGAAGAUGAUAAAGAAAUUCAUCAAACAGUAACAGUCGUGACUACAAAAGAAGUUAUUAGUCCUGAGAAAGUUAAAGUUACUGUAGAAACAACAACUGUGUGCAAGGGGAGCGACGGUGUAACGAAAACAACAAAAUCAACAAAAACAACGAUAUCUGAAUUUAAAGAAGAGUAUGAAGAGAUAAUUGAUACAGGGGACUAUGAUAAAUCUCCUUCCAAAUAUUCAUCUAAGGCAGGCGAUAUGCGUAGUUCAUCUGUCACUAGUGACUAUUUAGAUCAGCUCGAUAUGGCUACUCCACCUUCAGACAUUAGUUCUCGGGAAUCAAGAGUAGCUACACAUGUAUGGGGAACAGAAAGUAGUGGCAUGUAUUACAGUGAUGAGGAUGGACAGGCUAGUCCAAGUAGCACAAAAUCUCAAAUAGCCCAUUCUCCCAAGUCAAACCUUAGUUUUGAAUUACCACUUCAACAACAAGAUCAAGACGAUCCCAUGUCUAUGUCAGUAUAUGGUCAACUUCCCGGUGAUUUUGGAGAAUAUUCUGAAGACACGGGGCCUUCUUUAAAAACAAUUACUGGUGACUUCUUGACACAUGAGAAAAUUAAAACAGAUAGUGAUAAUUCAAAUGAAGAUAUAUCCGUUUCCAGGUUUUUAAAAGAAGCUGAUGAACAAUUUGAAAAAGCUAUUGAAGAGCACAAAAAAAUCAGUGGUUCGACAGUUAUUUCUAGUAUAACAGCUAAGUAUGAAUUAGACCAAGAUAGUCAGGCUAGUGGUAGUAAAGAAACUUCUAAAUCGCAGGAGUCAACAGUAACGCUCAGGGAAUUUAGAUCAGACUCGAAGAAAUCAAGUUCACAUCGUGAUGAAAAUACAAAAAUGUCUAGUACCAAAUCUCACGAGUUAUCCAAAGAUCCAAUUGAAUCCUGGGGUAAACCACUCGGAUUACCGAGUCCAAUUUUACCUUCGGAUGGCAAAAGUACUCCAAAAAAACAAGCUGCAAGCUCAUCUGUAGCAAACAAAAAUAAAAUGAAUCAGGAUAAAAACAAAGAAGCCAGAGUGACAGAAUCUCCAAGUAAAAAGAAGACACCGACGCCUAUUUACAUGGACUUAACCUAUGUUCCACAUCACGGAAAUUCCUACUACUCUGCCAUGGAAUUUUUCAAACGUGUUCGGGCUCGUUAUUACGUGUUUUCGGGAACAGAGCCUUCUAAGGAAAUAUACAAUGCACUGUUAGAUGCCAAGAAAACGUGGGAAGAUAAGAAUUUAGAAGUGACAAUCAUACCUACCUACGACACCGACGUUCUCGGCUAUUGGGUAGCGGAGAACGAAGAAGCCCUCGAGAAAUAUAAAAUAGACCUUUCGCCUUCUGCUUCACGGUGCACCAUCAACCUACAAGACCAUGAGACCUCCUGCGCCGCCUACAGGCUAGAGUUCUAG